AUGACAUCCGAUCAGGAAAUUUUUGAUUUCAUUGUUGUCGGAGCUGGACCAGCGGGGUGUACUCUUGCAGCUGCACUUAGCAAGUCUGCCGCCAAACCUCGCGUGCUUCUACUGGAAGCAGGCGGUAAAAAUGAUGAUGAGUCCCAGCGCGUAGACGGGAAGCGCUGGGCAACCUUCCUGAGCGAGAAAAUGAAUUGGGGGUACAAGACCACGCCUCAGGAAGCAUGCGAAGGUCGGGUGUUUGACUACUCACGUGGGAAAGGACUGGGCGGGGGAUCCGCAAUUAAUUUUGGUGUUUUCACCGUUGGCGCAAAAGAUGAUUAUGAUACUUGGGCUCAAUAUGUCUCCGAUGAGACUUUUGGAUGGAAGGCCAUGCAAAAGCGCAUUAAGGAUCUUGAGCUAUUUGAUGGGUCUAUUGAUCUUCCAGAAAAGCAGAAGUAUGCGCAGCCCAAGCCAGAAGAUCAUGGAUACCAAGGUGGUCUGAAGACUGGGUACGCAAAGGAAUGGGAGCAGGAUUUGUCUCUUGCUUUGGAUCAGCUUGAAGAGGCUGGAUUGGAGCGGAAUCUUGAUCAUAACUCUGGCAAUCCCCUUGGAAUGGGGAUAAUGAUCAACUCCGCUGGCAAUGGACGCAGAACCACAGCUGUUGAUUUGUUGAUCGGCGCUCCGGAUAAUCUUGUCAUUGUGACCGAUACACCAGUCCAGCGAGUUGUGUUGGAAAAUAGAAAGGCAGUUGGCGUUGAGACCAAAGACAACAAGUAUUUCGCCAGCAAGGAAAUUAUCCUAUCGACUGGAUCGCUUGAUGCACCAAAAAUCCUGAUGCACUCAGGUAUUGGCCCAGCCUCUGAGCUGAGCAAGUUCAACAUCCCAGUGAUCCAAGACCUACCUGCCGUCGGUCAGGGUCUGAAGGACCAUUUCUUCGUACCGCUAAUUCUCAUGCGGAACCCCGAGACGAACGAUCGCAAUACAUUCUAUGGCUCGCAAUCCGCGAUGGACAACGCUCUCACCCAAUGGGAGAAAGACGGCACAGGACCUUGGACUCGAUACGGGUGCCAGAUCGGAUGUGGAUGGUUCAAAUCUGACCGAGUAACCUCUUUGCAAGAAUUCAAGGACCUCCCAGCUCCAGUCCAAGAGUUCAUGAACAAGAAAACAAUCCCCCAUUACGAGAUUAUCAGUGGGUUCCCUGCGCACAACAUCUUCCCCCAAGUGUUCCAGGACUACAGCUAUAUGUGUGUGGUCGCAAUCCAGAUGAACGAGCAAUCUACUGGCGAGGUACGAUUGCAAUCGUCGAACCCAGAAGAUUCCCUUCUUUUUGACCCCAAGGCGUUGCAGCACCCAUUCGACCAGCGUGCUAUGGUCGAGAUCUACAAGCAUCUCCUGGAGGUUACCCAUCACCCAUCUUUUGCUAAGGACACGGUAUCCACAGUACUUGGACCUGCAUCUGAGAGUGACGAGGACAUUCUGCGAUUUUGCAAGGCCAACGUCUCGUCUAGCUGGCAUAUGACUGGAACCGCAAAGAUGGGCAAAGCAGGUGACAUUGAUGCGGCGGUUGAUAACCGGUUCCGGGUGUUUGGGGUUGAGAAUCUUCGCGUUGCCGAUAUGAGUGUUGUCCCUGUCAUGACGAAUAACCAUACACAGGCGACGGCCUAUAUGACAGGCGCUACUUGUGCUGAUGUGUUGAUUUGGGAGUAUGAGUUAGAUCAGUGA